AUGAUGAUGGCUCCAGCCGCCUUUGCCGAUGAGAUUGGUGAUGCUGCCAAGAAGCUGGGCAUUUUCUUGCAGGCCCCCGGCAAGUUCCAACCACUUGAGGCUCUCAAGGCAAUUGACAAGAUGAUUGAGAUGGGAGCAGCUGCAGACCCCAAGCUCUUGAAGGCAGCGGCGGAGGCCCAUCAUAAGGCCAUCGGAAGCAUCUCAGGACCCAACGGUGUGACUUCCCGGGCGGAUUGGGAUGCGGUGAACGCGGCUCUGAGGGCUUUCUGGAGUUCAAAGACGUGGUGGAGAAGAACCAAGUGGCCGCAGCUGGUGCUCCUGCCACCGUGCCCACUGAGGACAAGAUUGGCGUCGCUGCAAAGGCCUUGUCAGAUGCAUCCUACCCCUUCUUGA